AGCGCAUUUUCUCACUUCUUCAACUGUUUCAGGAAGUGGGCAGUGUCACCAAAAUCAGGAAACUAAGUGUUGCUAUUAAUACAACUGAGCAAAGUGCUAUAGCUAGUGAAAGCUAAUUUAGUUUCAGUUGAAGAGGAAAAGAGCUUUAGUAAGCUUGACAAACCAAAGGGACAUAUUUGAGCAAAUGAUGCGUCUUGUGGGGUGAUUUUUCUACACUUUUGACCAUGGAAGAACCCAUCUCGAGCAUUACAUCAGUUUCAGCACAUGAUCUGUUAAUUCUGCACACAGCUGAGGCAUGGGAAUGGGCAACAUAUUUGCAGCAGAUCUUGAAAUCCUCCAAAGAAUUUCACAAAAUGUCUAUUUUGCUGCAUUCAGUCAACCCAGCUGAUCAGCUCUACGGAUGUGACUAUGAAUAUUUUCAAAGCUGCAAGUGCAUUGUGUUGCUCCUCACGGGAGAAAUCCUGGACAUGCUCUAUGACCCUGAACUGCAGGGAGCACUUCAGAGACUCCUUUAUCCUCCACAUAGAGUUGUGGCCCUGCUGUUCGGCUUGCCAGAGGGUGACAUACUGACGGAGUGCUUCGAAGACUGGCCGAGCUGGAGAAAACUCUACGCUGACGACGAUCCUGCUGUCUACAUUUCCACCAUUUUGGAGUCCAUCGCUGACAGCAGACAAGUGGAAGCCGAACAUGAGAGCGAAGCUGUAGCUGCAGCAGAGUUGCACAUCCCAGCAGCAUAUUCAAUGGAAAAUCCCACCCUUGAAGAAACAGAGGAACUGGUGUCAGAGGAGCAACAAGAAACUGUCCUGAAGGAUGAGGAAGCAGUGAGCACAGAGUGUUCAACAAGCAAGGGACUUUAUACACCCACGCACCUCACCUGUCUCACCGUUCAACCAAACAGAGUUCUGUGUGGGGAACAGGAGAGAGUUUUUAUAAUUUUUACGCAUAAAGUAGAUGAUCGGUCAGUACCAGAGGUAGAGUUUUCAUCUGAAAAUGUAGCUGCAAAAAGGGUCCCAGCCACUGUGGAGAAUGAAUACACUAUAAGUGUUACUGCACCUGAGAUGCCUGCUGGAGUGGUGUCACUCACCAUGUACACUGACCAAUGCUGUGUCAGCUUGAGGUCUGUUACAUACUAUACCAAUAUGGGAGAAGUCAGUCGGUAUCUUGAAAAUGCUGCUGAUCCUGUUAACUUCAUCUGCCAGGCCUUCAACUUGACGUCCAAUGCAACUGAAUCGCUGGACAAAAUGCUAACUGACUCGUUAAAGUCCAGAAUGCCUGCAACUAGUCUUCAGCUGUUUGGAAUCAGACAGAUUGAAGUAGAUAAUAUGGCGUCAUAUCAGCGCAAUGAGGAGCUUCCCACGCUGCUCCACUUUGCUGCAAAAUACGGCCUGAAGAAGUUGACCACCAUUCUCCUUCAGUGUCCUGGGGCCCUGCAGGCUUACAGCGUGAUGAACAAGUAUGGAGACUACCCAAACACGCUGGCAGAGAAGAGUGGCUUCUCUGAUCUCAGACAGUUCAUGGAUGAAUUUGUUGAGACAGCAGACAUGCUCAAGUCUCACAUUGAGGACUCCAUCAACACAGAAGAGGGUGUAGAAAUUUAUGAGUCGAUGUCAACGGCCUCUGAUAAUAUCAUGAUGAAGUACUCUGGUUGCUCGGAGGACAUAUAUGAGUCAAUGCUGGGGAUUGACCCUGAAUGUGCAGAGGACCUAUAUGAGGUGAUGACCGCAGUAGACGAGAACCCCGAGGAAGCUAUGCUUAGGAAGUUCUUCCAAGCAAAACCACAUGCCAGUGUAAACCAGGACAACAAUGAGCACCUUAGAAGUGAGGAAGAGGAAAACGAUAAUGACUUAGAUCAAAUUGAAGAAGAGGAGGAUCCAUACAACCUCUGCCCAGAGGAUAUCUAUGAUACUGUGGAUGGAGAUGGCACCUAUAACCCAGCGAUCCUGAACCGCCCACCAGCCCCCAUCCCCAGACCUGAGUCCGAGUCUGACCCUGAACAGCCUAUGCCCUACAUCUCUAGAGUGUUUUCAGAUAAAGCUACGUCCCAGAGUAAAACCAUGGAAAUGGGAUAUCCUGCAGCUCAACCUGUGGCGCGGCCCCCCUCUCCUGUUUAUGAUCCCUACGCUGGGAUGAAGACACCUGGACAGAGACAGCUCAUAUCUCUGCAGGAGAGGGUGAAGGUGGGGGAAAUUACCGUGGAUGAAGCUGUCCAAGAGUUCAAGGCCUGGCAGUUUGACCAUGACCGGAGGUCAAGCUCCAUACGCUAUCAGCAGGAAAAUCUAAAGAGAUUACGAGAAAGCAUCACCAGACGUCACAAAGAGAGAGAGAAGUCAGGAAAGGAGCUUGAUUAUGAGAUAAGUGCUCCGCUGCAGAGGAACUUAUACUGGGGCUCUAAUGUGACGUUAGAGUGCUCUGUGUAUGAGCCGGCACCCAGAAUGGUGGCGGCCCCUCCUCCAGUGACUCAGACUAUCCAGAGAGGCACCUGGAAGACUGGUAGCACGUCCAGCACCUCCAGUACUGAGAGCAACAGACUCAGCACUCACAGCACCAUUAGCUACAGCAGUGGGACAGAGCCUGACUUUGAGGACACGAUAGAAGGUGUCCCUCCUCCACCACGACCUCCACGGCAGUCUGAGGCUGCAUCCCUCACUGCUCCACCCAGGAUUCCUCCACGGAUCCCAGAAAGGAUCCCAGAGAAGAUGAAUGAGCGCUACAUAUCCUGCCCGACUCGAGCACUUCCUCAAAGACCCACUCAGAGACACACAAACUCAGCAGCACCUCCCAUACCUCGCCGCCUGCGGUGAUCGACACGUCCACUUUUGCUGGGUUAAGUUUCUAAAGUUAGGAGUAUUUUAAGAGGGAUGGAAGAGUUACAAAAACAGGAUUAAGCAAGAUGAAUACACACAGAGAGACAGUUUUUUGUUUCCAUUUUGUGUGUUUUUUUCCUUUUAUUAAUUGUAUGUAUCAGUGUCCCAUAACAGAAUAAUUCAGUUCCCGUGUGUGUGUGUGUGUGUGUGUGUGUGUGUGUAUGUGUCUGUCUGUGUGUGUGUGUAGGUGUGGUUUUACUGUGAAAACCUUUACCUGUAAUAACCCUGGAACAUAUAAAGAUUUAACUGUGGCAAUUAUAAAGCAUAAUAACAAAACUCUA